AUGGGAUUGCGCGCGACAGAAUUCGCAGGAACCGAUCAGGUGAUCGCGUCCUUGAAAUCCGCAAUGUUUUCGCGACUUUUACGCGCGCGUAAGCACGCGUACGUAUGCGUACGGAGCAAUAAUAUUAGAAUGAAAAUUCUGGCCAAGUUACAUGGGACGCAAAAAAGUGCGGGGCUGAGUACAGCGGAAUAACGGCGCGCGAUUGGCCGAUGUUAUUUCGCGACGGAUGUGUCAUGUGACCCUUUCCUCUAUGCAAACAUCACCGAUCACUUGGCCUCGCAGUCUCGUGGCAAAACAAUAACAAAUAACACACGUCGCAACUUUGCGUUUCUCUCGCGAAUUUCUCGCCCGAUUUUGCACGAUCGUUUGUCGUGCUCUCCGUCUGAAACGGCGCGAUCGAUCUGCAUUGUACACGGUCUUGAUCGUCGCGGAUUUCGUCGUGGAAGAGUCGAUCGGACUGGGAAAAGUGAAACUCAAUCUGGGCUUCGCAAUCUCAUCGUGAUGUUGUCAGCCGAGGAAAAUGCCCGCUAAUGAGAAUUGUGAUGCGUGCGUACCGUGAACGCGCGUGGACCAAUAUGUGAUUUCGACGUGUGUAUUUACCGCUGUUUUUCCUAAUUACAUUAUCUCUGUCGGAAUUUUUCAAAAACAGAGAGAGAGAGAGAGUGAGGGAAAGAGAAAAGGAACGAGAGAGAAAGAGAGAGAAAAUUGUUCUCCGACCGUUCCCUUGUGCAUCGCUGCGGAGAUUGUGGAAUCGAUCGAACACGGACGAGUCAAAAUCGGAGUUGUUCGAUGGGCGAUUGGCCGCGUGCAUUUUUUUUCAUUGUCAACGUUCUGUUCUAUUCGCCGUUUUCGUUUCUGCAACGAAUCCGCGCAUAAGAACACGCGACAAAUUAUAGCCGCGUGCACGUGAUAUUUGUCUCGACACGCGUCGACAAAUUCGGAUCGGAUAAAUCGAGCCUGGGAUCGAUGAUCUCUUUUAUUUAACGAAUUUUUAUGUAUCACCUUGUAGAGUAGCAAUUUUUAGAGUAUAAGCACGCAACGUCAUCCUUAUAUUUCUCGUUGCAGCACGUGUCGCUAAUGAACGAUUCUAAGUACAGUGACUUUUCCCUAACUAACAUAAUGGACAGCGUAGUAAAACAGGAACCUGCCCAGGAAAUGAGCUCGGCAUCGGCAUCUGUACCAAUACCCGGAGGACACAGAGGAACUACGCGAGGAGCGUACGAUCAGUUCUCUCCUUCACCUUUGACUCUCUCUUCUGGAUGGGAUAUGAGGAGUGAACAGAUGGAAUAUCCCUUUAAAAUGGAUCCGGAUCCACUGGAUAUUUCACUUAACAUGGACGAGGAUGAUAUAUUCCAAGUAGACAAAGCUGAAUUAAUUCAGGGCCCAACUCUGGCCGCAUUGAACGCCAAUGAUGAGACGCUGCAAUUGGGAGAUCUAAGUUUCGAUGAUCUGUUGUUGCCUGAAGAAAGGAUGCAGCCUAAAACAGAGAAUGCUCCAUUGUCCGGGUCUUUAUUUAGCACUAGCGGCAUAGGAUUUGCACCCAGUAGUUUUCCUCAAUCUGGAUUAACUCAUCGAAGCUGUCCCACAUAUACAAAUACAUAUGCUUUUAAUAAAAGUUCAACUGUUGUGGAUAAUGUAGAAGCUGCUCCUAUUGCAUUUCCUAGUCCAAACACUGGCAACGUUGCAGGUAGUUCCACAGCAAGCUCAUCAACUUCUCCACAUCCUUCAGGGCAGCAUCUUGGAUCAUCUACUUUACAUGAACUACUUAUGAGAAGAGGAGAAAAUUCACUUAAUAAUCCAGUAUCCAAUCAAAUGGAUAUUUCCACAAUAAGUGGUAAAUCUAAAGUUUCGAGACUCUCUAUGUCCGCACCAACUCAGACAAUGGGGCAUUUGGAUCAGAUCUGGUCUCAUAGGGAACCACGUCAACAUCUGUUAAGUACUGGUAGUUUGGUGGAAGCGGGAUCGACAAGUAGUUUGAGUACUGGUGGUGCACUGAGUCCAGAUCCACUUUGUCCUGAUCCUCUUAGUCAUGAUGAAGGAUAUGAAGACAGUGAUGAUGAUAGUGAUCAUUAUGAUGAUUACAGCAGUGAUAAUGAUACAGGAAGUGAUGGUGAGGACCAGAGUAACAACAGAAUAGGAACAGGAACUACAGAAUUAGGGAAAGAUAACAGACAUAGUAAAAAAGAAAGAUUCUUUUGGCAAUAUAACGUUCAAGCAAAGGGACCAAAAGGACAGCGAUUGAUUGCUCGAACGCGCUUAGAAGACCCACAUGUUUUGAACGAAGCAACCGAUCCAGUAUUUAGUCCUCAUUGCGCCUUAAGAGGAAUCAAACAUAGUGGAAAAGCACGAAAAGGCGAUGGAAACGAUCUUACGCCGAAUCCUCGGAAACUUCAUAAUAUUGGACGAGAAUUAGAUAAACUCAAUCGCAUUAUAAAUGAUAUGACACCUGUUUCAGAGUUACCUUUCACAGCAAGACCAAAGACACGAAAAGAAAAGAAUAAACUAGCUUCGCGGGCAUGUCGCUUGAAGAAAAAGGCUCAACAUGAAGCUAAUAAGAUAAAGUUGCAUGGACUCGAAACAGAACACAGACGUCUUAUACAAGGUAUAUCGCAAGCUAAACAUACGCUUGCUGCUAAAUUAGCUGAAUCCAAUCCUGAAAAUCAAGAAGAGCUUACACGACAAAUGGAAAAAUGUUGCAAACUAGCUACCAAAGUGCGAAUAGCAAAUCAUUCAACAGAAUUUGUGAACAAGGUGUUGGAUAAUAUUAGAGCCGGGAUACCUGAUGGCGGCAUCGAUAAUUUUUAAUAUUAUAGAAAAUCAUUUUCCUCUUAUAUUUACAUAUGUAUAUAUUUAAACAAUUAGAAUAUGCUAUAUAUAUAUAUAUAUAUAUAUAUAUAUAUAUAUAUAUAUAUAUACAUACAUACAUACAUACGUACAUACGUACAUAUAUACACAUAUGCAUAUACAUAAUGCUUUAUAUCUAAAUUUCAUUGCUAUUUUAGAAAAUAGAUUUAUAGUCAACUUGAUUAUUGCAUAAUUAACAGAGAAAUAUUCUAUACACACACGCGCGCGCGUGCGCACGCUAC